AUCAGAAGCAGGCAUGAAACAAACCACGAGCUGAGAGUUUUUACACAACAGUCGGAAGAGUCCCGUUGUCAGAAGUGUAACGUGCCAGAAAAUAGUUUGUAUAGUGUUGUUAUUUUAUCCUCAGAAUCGCAAUCAUACUAUUUAGUUCAACAUAUCUCUAACAGGAACUAAAUACAUAUUUGGAAGAAAGCAACUUUGAGCAUUAGCCGGAGUAAACCUGACUGAACAGCAAUGAGUGACCCCGAGCCUGCAACAUUUGCAUCUAUUGAACAAGAGAGGGACUACUGGAAGGAACAGGCUGCCAAAUACCAGCAAAGGGCUGAGGAGGCGCAGGAGGAGCUGCAGGAGUUUCAGCAGAUGAGUCGAGACUAUGAGGCAGAGCUGGAGACAGAGCUGAAGCAGUGUGAUGCCCGUUAUCGCGAGCUUCUUACGACCAGCAACAGACUCCGCAUGGAACUAGAAAAUUACAAGGAGAAGUAUGAAACGCAACACUCUGAGGCAAUUAGGCAGAUCUCGACUCUAGAAGGAGACCUGGCAGAGACCACAGCCAUCAAAGACCACCUGCACAAAUAUAUCCGGGAGUUAGAGCAAGCCAACGAUGACCUGGAAAGAGCUAAGAGGGCGACUAUAAUGUCACUUGAGGACUUUGAGCAGAGAAUGAAUCAUGUUAUAGAGAGAAAUGCCUUCCUUGAGAGUGAGCUUGAUGAAAAAGAGAAUCUUCUAGAAUCAGUACAGAGAUUAAAAGACGAAGCCAGAGAUUUAAGACAGGAACUGGAUGUUCAGCAGAAACAGGAGCGCAAGCCAUCAAUCAGCCUUCCUAAAGAUGUGGAGAAGCCAAAGGCCACACCCGCAAGACCCUCGUCUGUUGUAGCCUCCGCCCUCCCAUCUCUCCACGCCACACCCUCCAGACCUCCAGGCUUAGGGACUGCAUUCAACACCCCCUCCGCUUCCUACAGCAGAAUUGAAGGUCUGACUGGAACUCCUCUCACCACAUCUGCAAGGAUAUCGGCCCUUAACAUCGUUGGAGAGCUGUUGAGGAAAGUUGGGAACCUUGAAUCAAAGCUGGCAUCAUGCAGAGAGUUACACAUCCAUGAGAAAACACCCAGCCGUGCAGCGAUAAGCCAGGGUACACCGAGGAUUUCACGGGAAACCCCAGAAAUCCCAUCCAACACAAAUGGCUUGUAUGAUAAGGGGAUGGUGAAACGGUUGGACUUUGGAACAGGACCCAAGAUAAUGUUGUGAAUAAAGUACUAUUCGCUACCAGUGUGCAAGCAUGUCUUUCGCUCUCACAUCAUUGGGAAAACAAGUAUUCCUAAACCAUUAAUAUGAAAAUGCUUUAUUUUCAGGAUCUUAUGCCCCAAGUCUUCCACUAUCUGAGAAGGGGUCUGCUUUUACAUUCAUAUCAACCCUGUUAUUGUGUCUGUGGGCUGAAACUACUACCUGUUGUUUUACUCUUUUGUUUGGCGAUUUGCAUUGUGUUUUGCAGAUGUACUAUCUCUUAAAUUCACAGUGUUUGUUUUUUAUUUUUGUUUGUGUUUGUUUGUUUUUAUAUAUCUGGUGAUUAUAGCAGUUUUAAAAUGUAUCUGCACUGUAAUUUUUAUUAGCUCUUUUUGGGACCAUAAAUUGGGAGACUGUUGCAGGUGCCUGGCAGAUUUACCCCUGCAGUCCCAAUAUAUUUGGCACUAAACUACUGAUCAAUGUCCAAUGAAACGUCAACUGCACAUUGUUGGCUUAUUGUUGGUCACAGGACUGGAGCAAGGUAUAUAGCAGGUUCAUUUUUAAUUCAGAAAUACCUGAUUUUAUUUAAAAAUUAUCUAAUUUUUUUUUAGAAACUAGCAUUUUAAUUCUAUAUAAGUUUGUUACUAAAUGAAUGUCAUGUCUUUAGUGUUUCGAUUUGAAAAUUCUAAGGAGGUUGCAGAGAUGUUAUUAGCUUAAGCUGUUGUUCAUUUCGUUGCCUUGUAGGGGCUGGCGUAAGUAACCAACAGUAGCCGAAAUGUUUAUGCAUGAACCUCUCUGGGGCCUUUUUGUUUCUAGUAAUAGCUAGUGAACUCCUCAAUUGAACAGUCAGUGCCAUCUUUGUUUUCAAAGAUUACAGUGCUACAGAACUGGAGAGUAGUUGCUGGCAUAUCAUGCGCUGAACAUGAAUUUAAUGUGCCUUAAUUUUGUGGCCAUUAUGAGCUUUGCCUCAAAGUUAAUUUAGGUAUUGGGGAAUUUACUAG